UUAAGUGAUAUGCAUGAAAAAAACGAAUAAUUUCUGAAAGAAAGUCUUAAGGCUUUAAAAUAAUUUUCAGAAUUAAGAUUAUAUAAAAGUUUUACUUGAAAAGCGUUAACGAAUUUUGUCUUUAAUUUUUUUGGUAACAUUGACGAGUAGUAAAUGGCAUUACCGGAACAUGUUGAGAUGUAAACAAAAUAAAAUUAUGUGACCUUUGCUAAGCAUUUUCUUGUGAAUAUUUUAGACCACAUUAAUAUCUAAAUUAGACCAUGCUGCCUUCGGGUGCUGCAUAAAUAAUAGGAAAUUUAGUUAUGGACUUCAAUGAUGCUUUACAAGAAGUUGGGGACUUUGGUGUAUACCAGAAGUUACUUUGUAUGUUCCUUGUUGUUCCGUCUGCUAGUCUGUGUGCAUUGGUUUACUUUACACAGUUCUUCAUCAUUUUGGUACCAGAACACAGAUGCAGACUGUACGAAGAGGAAAAUUUUCACUUGGGCCUAAAUUCGUCGAAUUUGACUGUUCCUUUUGAAGUAAGAGAAGGUCAAGUACUACCCAUGCAGUGUGAGAUGUAUAUUUCAUCAAAUUACUCCUUCAACUGGGAAGCAAAUCUCUCGGAUAGAACAGGAGAAACUAUGAAAUGUCAGAAUGGAUGGAUUUAUGAUUUCAGUGAAUUAUAUCCAACUGUAGCUACUGAAAUGAACUGGGUAUGUGAACAUGACCAGUUGCCUUACCAGUCACAAACAAUCUUUUAUGUGGGAACUAGUAUAGGUUGUAUAAUUUUUGGACUUAUAGCAGAUAGAUUUGGAAGGCGUCCAUCUAUUAUACUGAGUUAUGUGAUUGCCUGUGUUGCAGGCAUUGGGACUGCUUUCACUAAAUCUUUUUAUACAUUUAAUUUUCUAAGAUUUUUUGUUGGUGCUACUAUUAUACCUCUCUCUGAAGACCCAUAUGUUCUAAGUCUUGAAUAUAUAGGUGUGAAAAAACGAACCUUUGUGAUUAUUAUUUGGUCCAUGGGGUAUAUUGUAUUUUCUGCUAUUUGUCCUUGGAUUGCCUUUGCAUUACGUGAUUGGCGCCUUCUUUGCAUUAUUACUUCAGCUCCACUUGCUGCUAUACCACUCUGUGGAAAGUUGAUACCUGAAUCCGCAAGCUGGCUGCUUACGCGUGGUAGAAGAAAAGAAGCAAUAAAAUUGCUUAAAAUAGUUGCAAGAAUAAAUAAGAGAGAUUAUUCAGAGGAAUUUGCAGAUAUUGAUUGUGACAAAAAUGAAGAAGCCAAUUUAAAUACUACCGCUUUAGAUUUAUUUCGAACUCCUCGCCUGCGGAGAAACACUUUAGUUCUAGCUGUAACAUGGUUUGUUGUUUAUUGCUGUUAUCAUACAAAUACCCAGAAUGCUUCAAACUUGGGAACAAAUGUGUAUGAUUCCUUUACUUACAGUGCUCUUGUUGAAAUUCCAGCUCUUUUUGUCAUAUUAUUUGGUAUUGAUUGGUUAGGCAGGCGAUGGCCUGUAGUUUUCUCUUCACUCUUAGCUGGAGUAGCUGGAAUAAUUAUCAUAAUCAUACCUCAAGUCUAUGAUUCUGUUGAUUCUACUAAAACAUAUCUAGGAUUGGCACUUAUACAAAGAGUAACUUUAACUAUUGUAUACAAUGUCAUUAUGCAAUAUUCAGCAGAACUUCUGCCUACUGUGCUUCGAGGACGUGGUUUGGCAUUUUUGAGACUAAUGGGUACUCUCGGACUAUAUCUCAGUCCAUCUAUUGUGUAUCUUUCUUUAACUAGACCUGGAUUACCCCUUGUAGUGUCUGGAGUGCUACUGUUUGUGAUAGCAGCAAUCACUACUAUUCUUCCUGAAACUGUACAUCAACAUCUGCCUCAUUCUGUUGAAGAAGGAGAGAACUUUGGGAAGGAUCAGCACAUAUUAGAAUGUCCUUGCUUAAAUAAGAGAAAUUAUAUGGGUGCUGACAAAGAAUCUUCUACUUAACUUUAAUCAAGAUAUUUUGAACAUUUUUGUCUCCUAUUAACAUUUAUUAAUUUACUUAUAAGCACUUUUUAUAGAAUUUUUACAAUGUUUGUUUUUAGUGCCAUUAAAAUUCUAAUACUUGUUGAAUUGUUAUUAAAAUAUCAUAUGAACUUAAA